UUUCGUAUCUCGCUGUGCAGACCUUUGGCGCACACUGCGAUGUAAUGUUCCUGGUUGAUUAAAACCUUACCGUAGUAUGUCUAACUCUGUUCACUGUCAAUUGAAACGCUUGAUUCAAGCGAGUGUAGUUGGGAACGUUCUUUUGCUUGCUGCGCUAGUGAUCCUAUAUAUAGUACAUAAGACACUACAGGACCAGUCCCCAAACAUCACACCAACACCAAGUGUGGACGCCCUGACAGACAAUGCAGGACAGGUCUGUCUCCCCUGUGACUUUCAGGGACAACAAUCGGGCGAUACUUUGUACGAGUUCAUAUUGAAGACUGACAACAACAAAACACUUUGCUGUCUGCAACGCGAUGAUGUUCUCCAGGAUCUGAUUCUUGAGCUGGAAGAAGAGAACGGGAAAAGAUUGCAAACAAACAGUGGAAAACCCAUACCAAAGACACUACGUUGGUGGACGGAGAGAAAUCACGCCGCACAUCUCUACGCUAGUGACAUUCGAAUUGGUCAAAAUUUAUCCUGGAAACAACGUGGCAUCAGAACAUCAUUUAUACGGAAUCUGACGUUGAGUGAUGACGGGAGGCAGUUGGCUGUUAACACGAUGCCUGGUGCAGGAUUGUAUUUCGUUUAUGCUCUAUAUACGUUUGACUUCACCAAUGCAGCGACCAACAGACAAUCACCAAUGGGUAUCCAUAACAUCUACAAACACCGACCGGCUAUCAUCAACAGUGAAAAAGAGAGACUUUGGACGGCGAAGUUUGGAGGCACCAACUCGGCGAAAAGACAGACAAGCUUCCUUUGUGGAAUCGUAAAUAUGAAUAUGUUGGACACAAUAGAAUCUGAGGCCAUUUCCUAUGUGGCAGGAGAAGAAUGCACAACCAGAUAUAUAGACAGAUCGCCAUAUUCUAAUUAUUUUGGCAUGUUCAAACUAAUUGAUUUGUCGUGACUACAUUUACUGUUACUUACGGAAUCAUUGCACAUGUACUGCUAUGUCUGUUCAGUGUUGACAACUGUUAAAACUAAUAAAAGAUAUGGUGUUGCGA